UUCAGUUGUAAUAGCAUUUUACCGCACGAAAUGAAUCUGGAGCGCCUUUGUACGUAAAAACCGUCUACCCCUUCAUUCCUAGAUCCGUGCCCCCUUACCCCACCCCACCCCACCCCAACUCCGUCACCCCAUUUUCUUCGUAGUGUUCAGCUUCAUUUCAAACUUUUCGCCUUUCGCUUUACCAAUUUAAAUAACAAAACGAUCGAUUAUCGCGAGGCUUCAAUUUCUCCUCUUGAAAUUCCGGCAUUUUGUGUGCUUUUGAAUUAAAGGAUAAAGUGNUGUUAUAUAGUUUUGGAAUGACAUCCAUCAUUGUUGACCUUUCAGGAGAUGUCUCGGGUGGAGGACUUGUGGGAGCGGCUGGUGCGCGCAGCUCUACGUGGACGAAUAGCUGGUGGGGAUUUGUAUGGACGUCCUGAGACUGACCUAGCUGCCACUGUUCCUUCUUCACUUGGAAACAGAGACAUAGAUGACAUUCUGCGGGCUGCGGACGAAAUCCAAGAUGAAGAUCCCAAUGUGUCCAGAAUCCUAUGCGAGCAUGCUUAUUCAUUGGCCCAAAAUCUGGAUCCUAAUAGUGAAGGAAGGGGUGUAUUGCAGUUUAAGACUGGUUUGAUGUCUGUCAUCAAGCAAAAGCUGGCGAAGAGGGAGGGUGGAAGCAUCGAUAGAAGCCAAGAUAUUGCUCGCUUACGGGAGUUCUAUAAGCUAUAUAGGGAAAAGCAAAAUGUGGAUCAGCUCCGAGAAGAGGAGAUGAAGUUGAGGGAGUCUGGGAUCUUCAGUGGUAACCUUGGAGAGCUGGAGCGUAAAACAGUGAAAAGGAAAAGAGUCUUGGCAACUCUUAAGGUCCUUGGAAAUGUUCUAGAACAGCUGACUAAGGAAGUCUCCCCUGAAGAAGCUGAGAGAUUAAUUCCUGAGGAGCUGAAACGUGUAAUGGAGUCAGAUGCAGCGAUGACAGAUGAUUUAGUUCCCUAUAACAUAAUUCCUUUGGAUGCUCCUACUAUAACUAAUCCUAUUGUGUCUUUCCCUGAGGUUAGAGCUGCGGUUUCUUCAUUGAAGUAUUUCAGGGGCCUUCCUAAGUUACCUGGAACUUUUCCUAUACCGGCUUCAAGGGCGUUAGACAUAUUUGACUUCUUGCAGUAUUCAUUUGGCUUUCAGAAAGACAACGUUUCAAAUCAGCGAGAGCAUGUCGUUCAUCUCCUUACAAAUGAGCAAAGUAGACUUCGUAUUCCUGAAGAACCUGAGGCGAUAUUAGACGAAGCUGCUGUGCAAAGGGUAUUUUUGAAGUCCCUCGACAACUAUAUCAAGUGGUGUAACUAUUUGGGGAUCUUACCAGUGUGGAGCAACUUGGAAGCUGUGAGCAAAGAGAAGAAGUUAAUGCUUGUUUCGCUCUACUACUUGAUAUGGGGUGAAGCAGCAAAUGUCCGAUUUCUUCCAGAAUGCUUAUGCUACAUAUUUCAUCAUAUGGGAAGGGAGCUCGAAGAGUUAUUACGAAACCAGGUUGCUCAACCAGCCAAUAGUUGUGUUUGCGAGUCUGGAGUAUCAUUUAUCGACCAAGUUAUAAGUCCUCUUUAUGAGGUUAUUUCUGCGGAAACUGCGAACAAUGAUAAUGGGCGUGCACCUCAUUCAGCCUGGAGAAAUUAUGACGACUUCAAUGAAUAUUUUUGGUCACUGCACUGCUUUGAACUUAGUUGGCCAUGGCGCAAGAGUUCUCCUUUCUUUAUCAAGCCAACACCGAGGUCAAAGAAUGUUCUAAAAUCUAGUGGAGGCAAACGCUGUGGAAAAACCUCCUUUGUCGAACAUAGGACAUUUCUUCAUCUCUAUCACAGUUUUCAUCGUCUGUGGAUAUUUCUUCUGAUGAUGUUUCAGGCACUUACCAUCAUUGCUUUCAACAGAGGUCGUUUCAACUCCAAGACCAUCCGAGAAGUUCUUAGUGUUGGACCAACAUACUUUGUGAUGAAAUUCUUUGAAAGUGUUCUGGACAUUAUAAUGAUGUAUGGAGCAUACUCUACCUCAAGGCGCCUGGCUGUUACCAGAAUUUUUCUUCGCUUUCUCGUCUACAGCUUGGCUUCAGUUUUCAUAUGUUUCCUUUAUGUGAGAGCACUUCAAGAGAGUAGCGGCAACAGCACUUCAGUAAUCUAUAGAUUAUAUGUCAUUGUUCUCGCCAUCUUUGCUGGUGCAAAAUUCUUUUUGAGUUUCUUGUUGCGCAUACCAGCAUGUCACCGCAUGUCCAAUCAGUUUGAUAGUUGGCAGCUGGUUCGUUUUAUUAAGUGGAUGCAUCAGGAACAUUACUAUGUUGGCCGUGGCAUGUAUGAAAGAGCAUCAGAUUUCACAAAGUACAUGAUCUUCUGGUUUGUGAUAAGGCCUUUGGCUGGACCUACACGAACAAUAGUCAACAUGGAUAUCAGACUAUAUUCUUGGCAUGAUUUUGUAUCCAAAAAUAAUCACAAUGCUUUGACCAUAGUAAGCUUAUGGGCGCCUGUGCUGGCUGCCAGAGGUCAUUUUGGUAGGUGUUUUCAUNCUGAAAUACCUCCAACGAGUGAUGGGGUUGAAGAAAUGACCACAGAUACAGAGAGAGAAGGUGCCACAGAGCUUAACAUGGCUGGUGGUGAGGUCGCCGGAGCUCUGGAUGGUGGUAUUUACCUGAUGGAUAUCCAUCUAUUCUACACCAUCAUAUCUGCUAUAUGGGGUUUCCUGUUGGGCGCCAGAGAUCGUCUUGGAGAGAUUAGGUCAUUGGAUGCUGUUCAUCAACUUUUUGAGAAAUUCCCAGCAGCUUUCAUGAAUACCCUGCACAUACCACUUCCUAGCAGUGCUAGUUUCUGCAGGGAUUCUCUGCAGCCAUCUGGUCAGGAUGUGGAAAAGGACAAAAUUGAUGCUGCUCAGUUUGCCCCCUUUUGGAACGAAAUCGUAAAGAAUCUGAGGGAGGAGGACUAUAUCAGUAAUCAGGAAAUGGAGUUGCUUCUGAUGCCUAAAAAUUCAGGAAGUCUUCCACUAGUCCAGUGGCCGCUUUUUCUUCUAGUGAGCAAGAUUUUCCUGGCAAAAGAUAUUGCUGUGGAGAACAGAGAGUCGCAGGAAGAGCUGUGGGAUAGAAUUUCAAGGGAUGAUUACAUGAAAUAUGCUGUUGAGGAGUGUUUUUUCAGUGUCAAAUAUAUACUUACAGCAAUAUUAGAUGAUGAAGGAAAUAAUGAAGGAAAGAAGUGGGUUGAAAGAAUAUAUGAAGAUAUCCGAGGAAGCAUAGUGAACAGAAGUAUUCAUGUUGACUUUCGGCUAAAUAAACUGCCUCUUGUUAUUCAGAAAGUGACAGCACUACUGGGAAUACUGAAAAAGGAUCAAACACCUGAACUCGAAACCGGUGCAGUGAAAGCUAUUUUAGAUCUUUAUGAUGUUAUGCGACAUGAUGUUCUAUCAAUUAACAUGAGAGAUAAUUAUGAGACAUGGAAUAUGCUUUCAAAAGCGAGGACUGAAGGUCGUCUCUUUCAAAAUUUGAAGUGGCCUACAGAUGCUGAGCUGAAAGCACAAGUCAGCCGAUUGUAUUCACUCCUUACCAUAAAAGAUUCUGGCGCAAAUAUCCCCAAGAACCUUGAGGCAAGAAGAAGGCUAGAGUUUUUCACUAAUUCCUUGUUUAUGGAGAUGCCUGCCGCUAAGCCUGUCCGAGAGAUGCUAUCCUUUAGUGUGUUCACUCCAUAUUAUUCGGAGAUUGUACUUUAUAGCAUGACUGAACUCCUUAAAAAAAAUGAAGAUGGCAUUUCAACUUUGUUUUAUCUUCAGAAGAUAUAUCCAGAUGAAUGGAAAAACUUCCUUGCUCGAAUUGGCCGCGAUGAAAAUGCAUCAGAAAUGGAACUUGGUGAUAAUCCUAGUCAUAUCCUUGAGCUGAGGUUUUGGGCUUCUUACCGAGGGCAGACAUUGGCUAGAACGGUUCGAGGAAUGAUGUACUACAGGAAAGCUCUGAUGCUUCAAGCAUAUCUGGAACGGAUGUCAGUUGGAGAUUUGGAAUCUGGUAUUGGCAAUCGAUCAGCUGAUGUUCAAGGUUUUGAGUUGUCUCCGGAAGCAAGAGCUCAAGCGGACCUGAAGUUCACUUACGUUUUAACAUGUCAGAUAUAUGGAAAGCAGAAAGAAGAACAGAAACCUGAAGCUGCAGACAUUGCUCUGUUAAUGCAAAGAAAUGAAGCUCUUCGAGUUGCUUUCAUUGACGUGGUUGAAACUAUGAAGGAUGGGAAAGUGCACACUGAAUAUUUCUCUAAACUUGUGAAGGCUGAUAUCAAUAAGAAAGACAAGGAAAUAUAUUCAAUAAAGCUACCAGGUAAUCCUAAACUCGGUGAAGGCAAACCAGAAAAUCAGAAUCAUGCUGUAGUAUUCACUCGCGGUAACGCUGUGCAGACAAUUGAUAUGAAUCAGGAUAAUUAUUUCGAGGAAGCAUUGAAGAUAAGAAAUCUUCUUGAAGAGUUCAACUGUGAUCAUGGAUUACGUCCACCAACUAUUCUUGGUGUCAGGGAGCAUGUAUUUACUGGAAGUGUUUCUUCUCUGGCAUACUUUAUGUCGAGUCAAGAAUCUAGCUUUGUCACGCUUGGUCAGCGUGUUCUGGCAAAUCCUCUGAAUGCUGAUAUUCUGGUCGUCACCAGGGUUCGUAUGCAUUAUGGCCAUCCUGAUGUCUUUGAUAGAGUUUUCCAUAUCACAAGGGGUGGGAUCAGUAAGGCAUCUCGUGUAAUCAAUAUUAGUGAAGAUAUCUUUUCAGGUUUCAAUUCAACUUUACGCCAGGGAAAUGUGACUCACCAUGAAUAUAUUCAGGUUGGCAAGGGGCGAGAUGUUGGGCUCAAUCAAAUUGCUCUUUUUGAGGGUAAAGUUGCUGGGGGUAACGGUGAACAAGUUCUUAGUAGGGAUGUUUACAGACUUGGUCAGCUCUUUGAUUUCUUCAGGAUGUUGUCUUUCUACUUCACCACUGUCGGAUACUACUUUUGUACCAUGCUGACAGUGCUGACUUUAUAUGCUUUUCUCUACGGGAGGGUAUAUCUGGCAUUAUCUGGGGUUGGUGAAACUAUACAAGACCGAGCAGAUAUAUUAGGGAAUACAGCUCUUAGUGCAACUCUAAAUGCGCAGUUCCUGUUCCAGAUUGGUAUAUUCACAGCAGUUCCCAUGAUUUUAGGCUUCAUCUUAGAACAGGGCUUUCUGAGGGCUGUGGUUAGCUUUGUCACCAUGCAGUUUCAGCUCUGUACAGUCUUCUUCACGUUCUCGUUGGGAACUAGAACGCAUUACUUUGGGCGGACUAUACUUCAUGGUGGUGCAAGGUAUCAAGCCACUGGCCGAGGAUUUGUGGUUCGCCACAUCAAGUUUACUGAAAAUUACAGGCUUUACGCGAGAAGUCAUUUUGUGAAAGGAAUGGAGAUUGUGCUGCUAUUGGUGAUAUACCUUGCAUAUGGAUACAAUGACGGUGGUGCUUUAUCCUAUAUCCUUCUCACCGUUAGCAGUUGGUUUCUAGCUUUGUCAUGGCUGUUUGCCCCAUAUUUGUUCAACCCGUCUGGAUUUGAGUGGCAAAAGACUGUGGAGGACUUCCAAGAUUGGACAAACUGGCUUCUUUACAGAGGUGGAAUUGGAGUUAAAGGAGAGGAAAGCUGGGAGGCCUGGUGGGAUGAAGAGCUGUCUCAUCUUCGAACAUUCACUGGCAGAGUGAUGGAAACCAUUCUUAGCCUACGGUUUUUCAUGUUCCAGUACGGUAUCGUAUACAAGCUGCAUGUGCAAGGAUCGGAUACAUCACUUACGGCCUAUGGAUUUUCAUGGGUAGUGUUUGCUGUGAUUAUACUUCUUUUCAAGGUUUUCACCUUCAGUCAGAAAAUGUCCGUGAAUUUCCAGCUGCUGCUUCGUUUCAUUCAAGGUCUCGCGUUUUUACUUGCGGCUGCUGGUUUGGCAGUCGCCAUUGUGCUUACUAAUCUCACCAUCACUGAUGUAUUUGCUUGUCUCUUAGCUUUUCUCCCCACUGGGUGGGGAAUUCUCUCUGUAAAUUGCUUGUGCUUGGAAGCCUUUGGUGAAGAAAAUAGGAUUGUGGAAGUCCAUGCGGUCGAUCGCUCGUCUAUAUGAUGCUGCUAUGGGGAUUGUUAUUUUCAUCCCAAUUGCUUUGUGCUCGUGGUUCCCAUUUGUGUCGACUUUCCAAACAAGGCUCAUGUUCAACCAAGCUUUCAGUCGGGGUCUCGAAAUUUCUCUUAUCCUUGCUGGGAACAACCCCAACACUGGCAUAUGAUCAUCAUAUUGGUUUGUAUAUACAAAGUACAAGUUCCUCUUUCUUCCUUUUCCUUUUCCUUUUCCUUUUCCUUUUUUUUUUUUUUUUUUCGUGCUUACGUGAA